UUUGCUUCCCUGUUUUGAACAUGAAUACAAUGAUAUUAUGCGAGACGUGGUUGUUGAACUGGUCAAAUUUGAAUCGAAAUAUGACUUUUUGGAGUUUCUUGAAGAUAAGACUGAUUUUGUUAAAUUAUAUACUGACGGCUCUAAAACUAAAGAUAGGACCAGUUUUGCAUUUUUUGACUCCUUUUUGAACAUAGGAAAAGUUUUCGAAUGUAGUUAUAGUAGUUAUUUUUCAAUAUUUUCGGCUGAAGUAUUAGGCAUAAUUUACGCUUUAGAACAUAUUCAUGAUAAUUACAUAACUGAGAAUAAAUUUUUAAUUCUAUCUGAUUCCAUGAGCGCUUUACAAGCACUUAAAAAUAAAUGUAUAAGUGCAUCUGUAAAUUACUUAAUUUAUAAGUUAAGAAGUUGUUUAAGUUCUUUAUUAUAUAGAAAAAUUACUGUUGAAUUUUGCUGGGUUCCGGGACAUUCAGGAAUUUUUGGUAACGAACUUGUAGAUAAGCUUGCAAAAUCCACAGAAAAUAUCCAAAUUUGUCAUUUAAAAGUACCUCAGUCCGAUUUAGUGCCUUUUGUAAAAGAACUUAUGAUUAGACGGUGGAACAACUCGUGGUCUAAAUCCAAAGAAGUCAAAGGGAAAUGGUUAGCUGCAAUAGUCCCAGCACCUAGCACCAAGUCGUGGUUUGAAUACCAAAGAAAAUAUGUAGAAAGGGCAUUUAUUACAACUAUGUGUAGAUUACGUAUUGGUCAUGCUCGUUUUCCUGCACAUCUCUUUAGAUUAGAGCUAAGUGAGUCUGCUGUUUGUGCACAUUGUUAUUUUAAUGUAUGUGAUCUUGAUCAUAUUUUUUUCCAUUGUCCUGCAUUUAAUUUACAAAGGCUAUUGUUUGCUGCCAUGUGUACGGACACAGGUUUGCAAGUCCUGCCAAACUCCGUACAGGGUCUUUUGAAAUAUAAACAAUUAUAUCCUGUAAUCUAUGAAUUUGUUCUUCACACUAUUGGCAGUUUGUAAAUAUUUUAUAGUAUAAGUGAUUGAAAUAACCAUAAAGUUUAUCUAAUGUAACUUUUAGAUUCAUAUUAUAACAUUGUAUUUUGUAAUAAUUACAAUGUUCGAUUAGUAGUUGUUAGAUUUUAGGUUCAA